AGGUGACCGGUCACUGCAGCCACAGGCCCCGAACCAACGCACGCGCAGAGUCGUUCACGCCGCCACACAUACCGGACCUCCUUGCGCCUCGCUCAAGCGCGCCAAAUUAAAAAAAAAACAAAAACUUUUUAAACAAAGAGGAAACAGACAACGAGGAUGGAUUAAAGUGAUAGUGAAAUGAAGAAAAACUUUUAACAAAGUUAGUUUGAGUUAUCAAGUUCCAGUUUAGUCACGGAUCCCAUUGGCAAGAUACACCUUUUCUGAUCUACAUGACGUGAAAUGGCGUAUCUCAAGAUACUAUCAGCGAUGACCAUCAUAACAUUAGGAGCACUAAUAUGCCAUGCACAAGGCGUGCAGGCAACAUCGCCGCCGCCGUCGCCAAGCUUACCCCAAGAGGUGGAGGACAACAGCCGCUACAAGACCUUGGAGGCCAACGCAACACUGAUGAAACUCCUCGUCAAUAACAAGGAUGGAGUCAGCAGAUCAGAAGUGUUCGACAUGCUGCACUCUCGCGAUGACGUGGAGAGCCACAUGGACCUGCCCACCUUCCCUGAUGACUCUGAAGACGCCCGCGUCGUCAUACCGCCAGUCCCGGACUUACAAGCUGAACUUUUACAAGGUGCCCCCGCUGAUGACGUCACCCACGAGACUGACAUAGACCAGGAUAUCGAGCAGCCACCGGUGGGGCUGGCCGCGGGAGUCAUGGUCCUCAUCACCGUCAGCAUAGUCUGUCUCGCUUAUACCUCCUUCAUCGUGUGGAGACGGAUAGAGUUGAAACGUAACGGGCUCAAGCACGAACUACUGAGAAAUGAAGAAAACAUAGCAGAAACAAGGAUAGAACUUUGAUCGGCAGUAAACGCUCAUGAAGCUCUGUGGCCUACAACAAUAAACUACAUCCAUAAAUCAUAUCAUACAAAUGCAUCGUAGCCGUUUACCUAAGUGAAGGAACCACUACUUAACUAGGACCUUGAAAGGCUGACGAAAACAGUAGAGUUAGGAUUAUUUAAGUUUAAGCACUAGGCACCUAGGCAUUAUCGGCAGUGAGUAUUUAAGUUUAGAGUCUAUCUUUUCAAGAGUAUCCCUAGAGUUUAUUUAAAAUGCGUAAAAUCGCUAGAUCUGAAAUAUUUAUUUUGUAAGUAAGUGCCAAAUUGGCACAUCCCCGGCAUAUCAUAGGCAUUUGUAUUUAUUAUCAUUAGUUUACUUAUUUGUUUUGCCAUGUUUAUUAUUAGUAAUAUAAUUAUUUAUUAAAAUAAGAAUGCUAGGUGUGUAGUUCAACAUGGUUUAGUGGGAUGUUGAACGGUGGUUCUCACACUGCCCUGCAUCCAGCCCCGUCUUGCGUGUCCAAACGUUGCUUGUAAAACGUUGUUGUUGUAUCUCCGUUUGAAUAGAAAACACGCACAGUCCAACACACUGAAAACGUAUCUAUGUGUGUUCACAUGUUCAUACAAUUUAGUU